UUACAUUGUUCCGCAAUUACUUCGUGUCAUUAAUGAAAUAUUAGGUUUUUUAAAUGUUUAGAAAUUUCUGUCCGAAUUAUACGAAAAUAUAUGUCGAAUUGAUAACAGCUAGUUAAGGGAAUCCCAUACGACAAGCAUUUAUACAGUAUAACGUGUUCGCCACGAAAAAGACCAUCACCAUCUAUUUGUACCAAUAUAAUCUGUUGCGUUGAGAGGUUCAGUGCGUUUUAGUAAGUGUGCGAUUAACUAUGGGGCUCUAUGGGAUUGUAGUGGCAUUGUGCGUUAUAAAUGGAGUUCAUUUAGCUGAAAAUCCAACCGAAGCACCAACCAACGAAGCGUCUUCAUAUAAUGAUGCAGAUGAUAGUAAUGAUGAGUAUUUUCCUGUCAUGGACUGGUCAGACACGUUCGACUGGCAGUUACUCAAGGCGAUCGCAAAUGAACAUUCCAACAACAUAUUAAUUUCACCAUUAAGUAUUAAGUUAGCUUUGGUCGUCUUGUAUGAAGGAUCGGAAGGUUCUACAAAAAAACAAUUUCAGUCAGUAAUGCAGUAUUCGGACCAGAAAUCUGAAGUGAACGCGAAAUAUAGGAAUCUGCUAGCCAACUUGGAGAAAAAUAAGAAAGAUUACAUAAUCAAUAUCGGCACUAGAAUAUUUUUGGAUUCGACUAUUACGCCUCUUCAACAAUACGCGGCCAACGUUAAAAGUUCAUAUAAUACCGAGAUAAAAAGUACAAAUUUCACAGAUCACGUAGCAGCCGAGAAUUUAAUAAACUCCUGGGUCGAUGGUUUGACUCACGGUAACAUUAAGAAGUUGAUUAACGCAGAUGAAAUCCAAGACGAUACCUUGUUAUUAGUGGCAAAUGCCGUUUUCUUCAAAGGAAAGUGGAGGCGUAAGUUCCCGGUGGAGAAAUCUUAUCAAGGAGGAUUUUAUGUUUCUCCAAAGGAGGUGAUUACCGUCGAUUAUAUGGCUAACACGGACACAUACUACUAUGGAGAAUCAAAAGAACUUGACGCAAAACUCUUAAGAUUGCCUUAUAAGGGGGCCAAUUUUGGAUUUUUCAUCGUCUUGCCCAACACCAAAGGCGGACUUUCUGAGUUACUAAAAAGCGUCAACUUACAGACUCUAAAAAGACAACUGUACUUAAUGGACGAGCGAAAAGUGGACGUUGUUAUUCCGAAAUUUAAAUUCGAUUUCAGCGCGAGCUACUCCAAAAUUUUGCAAGACUUUGGACUAACCGCCAUGUUUUCCAAUACCGCAAGCUUUCCUGGAAUUGCGAGAGGUAUCGGCUCGGGUGGCAAGUGGUUAUUCGUCAACGAUCUAAAACAGAAAUCGGGCAUUGAGUUUAACGAGGAAGGCAGUUCUGCAUUUGCCGCUACGGAAAUUCAACUGGGAAACAAAUUUGGAGAAUCGGACAUUUCGUUUAAUGCAACUCACCCGUUCCUAUUUUUCAUCGAGCAUCAAGAAACUGGUUCAAUUUUGUUUGCAGGGAAAAUGAUGAAUCCCUUGCAGAACGAUGGGCCAGUACCACCAGAACCAGAAAGUACUAAUUCGAAACCUCCAUCAGUUCCUAGUGAAGCUCAACGUCCGAGUUUCCCCUCACUAGAUCCACUUCUUGCAUCAUCUGCAGAAUACUCGAGAUUUAAUUUUUUUGAUAUGGAGUUAUUGGAUUCUUUUGACGAUAAGCAAAAUUAUUUUAUUUCUCCUGCAAGUAUUAAAGCCACUCUUGCUAUGGUUCUUGAAGGUGCAAGAGGAAGCUGCGCCUUAGAAAUUAUCAGAGCUCUCCGAAUUACCGAUUCCAACAUCAAUAGGGAACGCAUAGGUAGUAUUCUAUACGAUUUUAAUUCAAAAAAAGGAACUACAGUCGUUGAAUCCGCAAAUGGAGCCUUUAUUUCUCAACUCUACCGCGUCGUACCAGAAUAUGAGAGAACUCUUAGAACUCACUAUAAAGCUGAAGUGCGUACCAUCGACUUCUCCCAGAACGAUUAUGCCGCACGAUUAAUAAAUGGUUGGGUUUCUGAGAAAACGCGCGGGCUUAUCACAGACAUUAUCUCACCAGCUAACUUCAAUUCGGAUGCCACCAUUGUUCUUGUAAACGCCUUAUAUUUCCAAGGGAAGUGGAAGAACGAAUUUGACGAGGGCAGCACCUCUAUCAAAUGUUUUUAUUCAAAGAACAGGUGCAUAAAUACCCGAAUGAUGCAAAUUGUAGAAAACUUCAGUUACAAAUAUAUAGAGCGAUUAGACGCAGAAGCUAUUUCUUUGCCAUAUGGGGAUGGACAAUAUUCCAUGCUGGUAGUUUUACCCAGCAAACAACAGUCAGUUGAUUUCUUAAUUAGAGACAUGAAGUUUAUGACUGUAGAAUCUAUUGUAAAUAUGUUAGAGCCUACUGAAGUCUUUGUUAAUUUACCAAGUUUCGAAAUCGAAUACAGUGCGGACAUGGUUUCUGAUUUAGAAAGAUUAGGAAUUAAAGAAAUAUUUGGUCCUACUGCCAACUUGAGCGGGAUCAUCCAAAAAGGACAAAUUAAAAUAAACCACAUCGUUCACAAAGCGAAAAUUGAAGUAAAUGAAAAAGGGACAACCGCAGCAGGUGCUACAGGUGUCAUAGUGAUUCCACUAAUGGGAACUUCAAUGCCUCGUUUCGUCGCAGAUCGUCCGUUCUUGUUCUUUAUCUAUCACACUGCAACCAAGAACAUCUUAUUCGAGGGAAGAUUAAAUGAAGUUAAAGAGGUAUACAACACCAUUUUCACAACACCCUCGCAACCUCAGCAAAACAAACAGACUAAACUACAGCCUGCCCCACUGAGUUUGGACAAAAGGCCCAUAAAUCAUCAAAAUCCUGGUCAACGGAGACCGAAUCCCGAAUCAUUUAGACCGCAACAAACUUCAGCCCAGGUACCAGAAAGCAAUCAUAGGGUUGCGCCUGAGCAAGCUAGUAGGUUUCACGUCGGUAGUCACAACAAACCACAAACUAAUCAACCAAUAUACUUUGGUACGGAUACUGUCAUUGAGGCCCGUGCCGCCGCUUAUUCAUCUGGCUACUUUGGUGACCAAAAUGGACGUCAGCCUUAUGCACAAUGAAGUUUAGUGUUAUAAUAAAGACUAUAUGAAGUAUGACCUCAAAAAGUCUGUGAAAUUUUAUUUUGCUGUUUUUUUAUAUUUUAACAUUUUUGUAAAAUAAAUCCGUGUAAAUAGGG